AUGGCAAAGAAUAAAAAGAGCAAGAAAAGUACAGGAAAAACCCCUGGAUGCACCAAGAAGCCUGACAACAUUUCCUUUGAAAUCACCAAGAAGUCUAACAGCAACUCUCCUGGAUCACCUAAGGAUGGAGACUCCGGUGGUUCGGCUGACUCAACUUCUGCUUCGAGGUACAACGAAAAUUCUGAAUCUACCAUGAAAUCCAAGCUGAGCCCUACAGCACCUCGAUCUACUGAGUCGGGGCAGCGUGUCCUCGACGAUACAGCGGCUGCUCCAACUGUCGAAAAUCUCGAAGACAUCCAAGAGGAGCCGUUGAAUAAGAAGCCGGGUAGCUCAUAUGGGGCCAUUUCACAAUCUGCUGAAACCUCAGAGGAUGGAAAUGACACACAGCAAGACGAGGAGCAGAGUUUUUUCGAGCGUGAAACUCCCUACUGGUUUAUAGAGACCAUGAUUACGGGUUCAAAGCACAAGCUAAAUGAAGACAUCACACUUUCGUUCAAUGCCGAAUUCAAGCAGGCGUCAUGGUUUUGUCAGAAAGCUUAUCAUCGUAUUGUGCUUCCAGAGAUGGCACUUCCAGACUUUCUUUCAUUGAAAUUCAGUGUUUCAGAACCAGGUGAAAUAGAUAGUGAUCCUUUGGUAAUCACCGACAUUUGCAUCGAGCUCCAGGAGUUUGUCAGUGUCCAUGAGGAGGGACAUUUUUUCAAAGACGUACGUUCCACGUUGUUGCUCAAAAAGGCGCCGUUUGAGAUUAUGUAUCUUUCUGAAGGCGCCUUGGAAAUCCCGUCACAUCUUUUCGCCACAAAUUUGCCUGACAUUGGGCCUUCCUUUUUUAAUGAGGACCUCACGAGAAGUUACGGGUUAAACAUAACUGUAAAGGUGAAUUACAAGGACUGUCCAUACAUUUGCGCCACGGCAUUUAUGGAAUUGAACGUGGCGAAGGAACAGAAGGAGGAGUUCGAUAUUUUGGAAAUUGAUGAACUUAGCUACUAUGGAUGGGACUUCUUCUCCACUGUUCGUUAUUUCCAGGCCCUUUCAGGAGGAAGAAUAAGAGCUUUAAGAGAUCAAGUGUUCUUUAUUGGCGAGGAGUGUGUGCCGCUUUCUGUUCGUAUCACAGCAACCAAACACGGACGUUUCAAGCAGUCACACGGAUGGAGCGGUGAAGCAAUUGCAGUGCCUGGAAUGUAUUUAUCUGAACUUUUGGAUGUCACGCUUAUGCUUCCAUUGAGCUUUAAAGAGGACUUGGUGGAAAAUAUUCAGUUCAAGCACAUGAAAGUCUAUUUCAAAACCGUGAGGGCAGGCAAGGUUUGGAAAGCGGGAUUGUUGUUUGAGCAGCAUAAUUUUCUGCCCUUCAAGUGCAGUGACUUUCAAGAAACUGUUCCUGGUGACCCGUCAGCUUGUGCUGUUACGCUUUCUAGAGCAGUUCUCAAAGGCAGGAUUCCCGAAGGCCUCGAGCCAAGUUCUUGGGAUGUGUGUCAUUUUUUGGAGGUCCACUUUUCAGUGAACGAUAAAGAUGACGAGCGUGGCUGGGGACAGCAGAUCUUUAUUGCUCUGGAACUGCAACGUCCAAAAUACCUCUUUUCAAAAGGCCGUAUCAAAUUGUACCCCACAAACGCAAACACAAUAUUCAACUCAAACAGAAAAUCACCGCCAUCUGAUCCAAACUUCCGUGCAAUCACCAGCUGGUACCAUAUUUUGUUCAUCAGCAAAACCGUGGAUGCCACCCCAAAAAGGAAACCCGUCACCCCAGCGUAUCCUAUAGAAAUGCUCUUUUGA